AUGUCACAAUACCCUUCCGUUUAUCCGUCGGAGAUCAAAUACAGACCAGGGAGAAUCCAGACACUUAGUGCUGACCAGGAAAUUGCCUUGAAACAGUCGUGGGCUGCUCUCCUCAAGUAUUGGGGCUAUGGUGUGGAAAUUUCCACCAAAGACAUUCACAGUAAACGAGCGUUUGUGGCAUCCAGCGUGACUCAAGAACUCACGAGGGUUUCCACUAAUGCUUCUGUCUCCACUGCUAGUUUGAAGAAGAAGAAGUCGUUUUUUGGCCGCAAGAGGGCUGACGUGGACGAUCAGAGUGUUAUCAGUGAUGAACGCACUAACAAGUUGAAAAACAGUCACUUGGAGAGGUAUACGAAAGUGGAUGAGGUCUCAGAUCAUAUAAGCUACCUAUAUAUUGAGCAUUAUGGGGAGAUUACGGACAGUGAAGAUGACGGGGAUGAUUUUGAGGACAGCGAAGACUCUGAUGUGGAGUCUAUUGAGACAUUCUAUUCGGCAAUGAGCACUUUGGAUGUAUCUGGUGGAGAAGUUGUACCAAGCUCUAUACAAGUUCCUUCCAAACCACCUAGAAUUUCGAUUUCGGCUAGCGAAUCGUCUCUUAGGAAACAAUCUACGACUAAGUCGACUUCGAGUCAGUUUACUGGGCCAACCGUGAAGACUAACAAAGACAUUUACCCAUUUAUGAAGCAGUACAAUCCCAAGGUACUUCAUAACUCGAUGAUGUCAUUCUGCCGUAACGACUUGUUUGAUAAUGUGUUGUUGCGUUACAUUCGUGCUCGAAAGUAUGUGGUUCCUGAUGCCAUCAAGAUGUUUGCCAAUAGUUUGGACUGGAAGACAAAGGGUUACAAAGCCAACGAGUUGGUGGAGGAAGGUGAUGCUCCAGCCUACGUUAAUGGAACACACAAGGGUUUUGUCAAGAAUUUCACCGUGAGUAAGUCGAUAAUCCGGGGCCAUGAUAAGAACAAGAACCCACUCUUUAUUUUCCAAUCGCGCAAGCAUUUCGCUUCGGACUCUCCCCUCGAGGAGACAGAACGAUUUGCAUUGCUUAUAAUCGAGUGGUGUAGGUUGUUUUUGAGAGAAGUUAAUGAGUCCGUCGACACAUGCACGGUAAUGUUUGACUUGACGGGAUUUUCAAUGAAGAAUGCUGACAAUGCUCCCAUCAAGUUUUUGACGUCUAUGUUUGAGGCACAUUAUCCCGAGAGCUUGGGAAUUGUUAUUAUUCACAAUGCUCCGUGGAUCUUUUCUACUGUGUGGAACAUCAUCAAGAAUUGGCUUGACCCAGUGGUUGUGAGCAAGAUUCACUUCACCAAAGGGUACGAGGAAUUGAACGAGUUAGUCGACCCCAAAUUCAUUCCCUCAGAGUUGGGAGGUGAUGAUGACGCCGAUAACACAUACGUUCAUCCUUCAGUCAAACAUACGAGGCCUGCAAGGGCCAAAGAUGCAAAGUAUAGAGAGUUGAGAAAACAGAGACACGAGCUCCAGAUGAAGUUUUUGGAGACAACAAAGAAAUGGGUUGAGUCCACUAACAGCGAGGUGAGCUCACAGUACUUGAAGGACAAAAUCUACUUGAGUUAUCAAAUUUCCGAUAACUACAUUGCUUUGGAUCCGUAUGUUCGCAACCCCGGUAUUUAUGACCGUAAUGGGACGCUUGUGUUGAGAAACUAG